AUGUCAAACUGCAUUGUGCCAUCGCCAGAUAACAAGCACUGUCGUCGAUUCAGCCCUGUGAUUCUUUUCCAUGAUCAUCGUUUCAUCAGGGACAGUGGAGAUUUGGAGCACAUUCACAUACCCUAUCGUGACCCACAUUACGUGACACUGAUUGAAUCACACAAGAAACGUAUCAACCAAAUGUUACAAGACAAUGGCCGCUUCUGGGCUGACGUGAUGAUGUCUUCGUCAAAAGCUACCAUCAACUCAUACGAUAAACCUUUAUCACCUGUCCCAUCACUUGUUUCAUCGCCACCACAACAUCCACCUUCGCCUCCGCUUUGGAAUACAUCAUCGUCUUCGUCAUCACCACCACCUCCACCGCUACAACAACAACAACAACCACUACAUCCAUCAUCAGCAAUCCCGACAUCUUCUUCUCCUCCGUCAUCAUCAUCACCAUCAUCGGCUACCUUUUCGUUUUCUUCUUCUUCAACAACACGUUAUCCGCAUCGUCCACGUCGUAGCAGUAUGAAUGGUAUGGAUGCUCCUCCUCCUCCUCCUGCUAUUCAUAGCCACCACCACCACCAUCAUCAUCAUAGACGAAUAACCAAGGCAACAUCAUCAUCAUCAUCUACGAAUGGUGGUGGAACGGGAGGCAACAUUAAGAAACGACAACGUAGCAACCUUCCAAAACCUGUCACUGCCAUCCUCAAAAACUGGUUAGCCGAGCACAAGAAACAUCCUUAUCCCAACGAGGACGAAAAAUGUCAACUGGUGCGACAAACAGGACUGGCUCGUAACCAGAUUAGCAAUUGGUUUAUCAAUGCGAGGCGGCGUAUUCUUCGUCCCAUGCUUGAAGAAGGUGAAGAAGAUGAGGAUGAGGAUGACCAUUUAUCGUAUGAUGACAAGUGGCGAUCAUCACGCCGUGGUGUCAAUUUGACAUGA